AUGAGUGCGAGUGAGUUGAGCAAAAGGACCCAGGUCCUUCUGCCGACUGCAAAGGUCAAAUUGAUCUCACAGAAUGGGGAAGAAAUUAUAGUAAAGGCGCUGUUAGAUUCAGCCAGCCAAUCGUCCUUUAUAACCUCUAGCGUUGCCAGAGCAAUAGGUAAGCAACCAAUACCUAACCACAUUGAUGUGGUUGGUAUUGCAAAUACUGGGAAGACAAUCAGACAUGCUCUGCAAUUAGAUAUAUUCUCAUGUGCUUACCCUUAUAAAGUGAGGGCUAAUCUCCUGUUGGUUGAUCAGAUAACAUCAAAAUUGCCACAACACCACAUUAACUUAGCAAAAUUAAAAUUGCCAAGCAAUAUUAAAUUAGCCGAUGAUUCUUUCAAUAUCACAAGUGAUAUAGGUAUCUUACUUGGUGCUGAUGUAUUUUUCCAGGCACUGUUGCCGCAGACUGAGUGCAUACAACUGACACAGGACGAGGAUAAAGGUGAUGCUGCACAACCAUCACUCUUACACACUCAGUUUGGUUACAUAGUAGCAGGUAGUGUCCCUGAUUCAUAUAUUCAGAGUUCUGCGGUUGCUCUAUUCUGUCAGGAAUGUGAAACUGACAUAAGCGCAACCAUAGCUAACUUUUGGCAAUCUGAAAAAGUACCUGAGAAAUUUGUGGAACAUACCUCAGAACAACAAUAUGUUGAGAAACAUUUCACUGAUACAGUCAAGUUAGAAAACAACCAGUUUGAAGUUUCAAUGCCACUAAAGCUACCUCUUUGUGAUAUGAACAAUGCCUUAGGUGAAUCACUCGGUCUAGCAUUAAAAAGAUUCUUGAAUCUCGAAAAUAAACUGCAAAAAGAUAAACCAUUACAAAAAGAGUACAAAAGCUUUAUUCACGAAUACCUUGAAUUAGGCCAUGCCUCAAUUGUAGACAUUACUCUCUAUGAUCUAUCAAAAGAUCCAGUCUAUUUUUUUGCACAUCAUGCAGUGAUAAAGCAAGAUGCAAUCACAACUAAAUUAAGAACUGUAUUUGACGGUUCCAUGAAAACUAAUAAUAAAAUUUCUUUGAAUGAUCUGAUGUGGAAUGGACCUAUAGUCCAACAAGAGUUGUUUGACAUUUUGUUGUUAUUCAGACUUCAUAAACACUUCUUUGCCUGUGAUAUCAGGCGUAUGUUCCGCAAUUUAAUCAUAGAAAAAAGCCAAAGGUCUUUGCUCAACAUUCUCUGGAGAGACAGCCCGGAUGAGCAACUUAAAUGCAUUCAGCUAUCAACCGUUCCCUAUGGACUGAAGUGCUCAUCAUGGCUGGCUACUCGCUGCUUACUGGAGCUAGCAACCAGAUUCGGUAAACAAUAUCCGCUAGCUGCUCCUGUUCUGUUAAAUUCAACAUAUGUUGACGAUGUGCUUCAUACAGACGAUAGUUUAGCAAGGAUUAUUGCAACAAAAGCACAGCUGAUUGAAUUACUGAAUAAAGGAAAUUUCCAGUUGCAUAAGUGGUCAGCUAAUCACAAGGCAAUCUUGGCAGAAGUACCAGAGCAGCAUCAGAACUCAGGGGAUUUAGAGUUCAAUAAUGACAUUAAAACUUUAGGUUUAAAAUUUUGUAUACAGCAAGAUUCGUUCAUAAUUACUUGCCCUCCAGCUUGUGAUAUUCCUAAAACAAAAAGGCAAAUAUUGAGCUAUAUCAGUAAAUUUUAUGAUCCAAUGGGAAUUGCGGGGCCUAUUUUGGUUCAAGCCAAAGUAAUAAUGCAAAAAUUAUGGACUGAGGUCGCUAUAUCAUGGGAUACGGUCCUUCCCACUAAACUACAGGAUGAAUGGUUGCAAUUUUACAAUAGUCUACAGCAGAUGGCGCAGAUAUCAGCACCUAGAAAUGUGUGUCCAGAAAAUAGUAAAAUUGUUCAAAUUAUUGGAUUUUCGGAUGCUGCAAUAGCUGCCAUGGGCUGUGCAAUCUAUUUACGAGUUGUUGACAACCAAGGAAGGACCACCGUGUCAUUACUAUGUUCAAAGUCAAAAAUUGCGCCUAAAUCAAGUAAGAUGUCAAUUCCGCGUUUAGAGUUAAAUGCUGCACUCCUUUUAGCAAAAUUGAGUGCCAGAGUACAUGGUACAUUAAGUAAAAAGAUAAAGAUUGAUAAUGUCCACUUAUAUAGCGACUCACAAGUAGUUUUAGCAUGGCAAAAGACCGACCCGGUAAUCCUCAAUGCAUAUGUUGCAAAUAGAAUCAAAAUUAUCAAUGACCUCACAAUGUCUUUCAAAUGGGCAUAUGUAGCAAGUGAUUCAAACCCAGCAGAUUUUCUGACAAAACCUUAUGCCCCUACAGAGCUACAAUGUAACCAACUGUGGUGGUCAGGCCCGUCUUUCUUGAAAGACUCAGAUUAUCAAAUUGAUGAAUUUAAUCACAAAUCAACAAAAAACUUACCAGAGGUAAAGGACUCUGCAAGUGAAAAAUUGGUGUGUGCUGCAUCACAAGAAAGACCUAAGUCCUUUCUAGAUUUAUUAAUAGAAAAAUAUUCUAACCUUGACAAACUUGUCAAUGUUUUAGCAUACAUACUCAGGCAUAAAGGUGUAACUGCUAAACAACUGAUGGGAUCAUUACCUGCGGACCGAGUAAAUAUUAGCAGAUGUUUCAAAAAGAUUGGACUUGACUUUGCAGGGCCUGUGGCAGUUAAACAAUCUAGAAUGAGAGGUGUUAUAACAUCUCAUGCCUACUUAUGUGCACCUCUCAACUGCAUCCCUGAGCAAGAUUUCACCAACAUACCGGAAAAUAGACUCAGUUUCUGGAGUAAAUGCACUGCAAUGCAGCAGCACUUUUGGAGAUAUUGGUCAAAACAUUAUUUAAAUGUAUUGCAAAAUCGCCCUAAAUGGAAAGAUAGCCAACCUAAUGUAAAGGUCAAAGUAGCACACAUCACCAUAGUCGAUCAUGGGGAAGACCAAAGUUUGAACGAGCAUUGUCUUGGUCUAGGGCGGAAGGACAUUCUUCAGGCGGUAAAGCAUACGGAGUGUAAGUGUAACUCGCUGACACACGGAGAUGACCUGGGCUCGCCAACUCAGACUGGAGUCAAUAAGUAG